UUCAAAGUUAUGGAUCACCAGAGGCGGCUCGAAGUCAGAUUCUUAAUGAUUGGGGCACGGCAUCAGCUGUUUAUGAAAGAACUUUUAACGUCACCCUUGGUUUAAUUUAUAUUGUAAUUCAAAAUCAAACCUGUCCCACAACUCCUAAUCCGGCAUGGAAGAGACCCUGUUCAAAUUCUUAUGGUAUAAGUGACAGAUUGAGUGAUUUUAGCCAAUGGAGAGGUGCCAGAGCGAAUGAUAGUGCAGCAUUAUGGCAUCUGUUGUCCAAAUGCAAUACUGGCACAAAAGUUGGUAUUGCUUGGCUAGGACAACUAUGUCAAACCUCAGCAACAUCGCAGAACAAUGGCACUACUGGUACGGCUUAUGUUUCAGGAGCUGGUGUAUCCACAAUUGUUACAGAUGAAUGGAAAGUAGUCGCACAUGAAGUUGGGCAUGGUUUCGGUGCUUACCAUGACUGCACUUCAAGUACUUGCCCAUGUAGCAGCGUCAGUGAUGGUUGCAAUUGUUGUCCAUUGAGUUCAACAACUUGUGAUGCUAGUGGGCAGUAUAUUAUGAAUCCAACAAGCAACGUGGUCACAAAUGAUUUCAGUCCAUGUUCAAUCACUGACGUAUGUAACACAUUACCAAAUAUUGGUUCUUGUCUCCAAGAUCCAGCUACAAGUUCAAAAACCAUUCUUACUCUUGCUAUGUGUGGAAAUGGACUGAAGGAGGCGGGAGAAGAAUGUGACUGUGGUACUAACUGUGCAGCAGAUCCCUGUUGUAAUGGAUCAACAUGUAAACUAACGAAUGGUUCGCAAUGCGAUGAUAUAAACGAUCUAUGUUGCAAGAAUUGUACUUUUAGAGCUUUCAAUGUAACUUGUCGACCUUCAAUCUCCAAUUGUGAUAUUCCAGAGGUUUGUCCUGGGAAUUCUGCAGAUUGUCCACCAGAUGCACAUAUUACGGAUGGUACAUCAUGUGGUAAUGGACUUAAAUGUGCUAAUGGCUUAUGUACAUCGAGGGAUCAACAAUGUGCAAACCGUGGUUCUAGUAUGGGAAUUACGAAAGCAUGUUCCAUCCCGUCUUCAUCAUGUACUAUUAGUUGUGCUAAUCCGAAUGAUACAACUCAAUGCCUUGAAAUGAGUGGAAAUUUUGUGGACGGUACUCCCUGUGGAUUUGGUGGAACGUGUGGUAAUGGAACAUGCGUAAACGGCUCAAUUGGUAACACUGUUUCGAAUUGGAUAAAUCAAAACAAAAAAAUAGUAAUUCCUAUUGCCAUAAUUUUGGGAAUACUUUUAAUAUUAUGUUGCUGUCAAUGCCUUUAUCGUAAGGAUAGAGGACGACGUAGUGGGUUCACAACACGCAUCUCAUCAUUAUCUCCAGAAGAAGCAGCAGCUAUAGGGAACGGUCGUUAUCGUAAUGCUGCUAAUAAUGCGAAUAACAAUAAAUGGGUUGAUCCAACGCCUUACAAUGGUCCCUCGAAUAACAAUAUAAAUGAUCCUUAUCCAGCAAUACCACAUAAUAAUAAUGGGUUGAGCCCACCAAAUAAUCUGUAUAAUACACCACCAAAUAAUCUGUAUAAUGCAACACCAAAUUAUCCAUAUAAUGCAGCACCAAGUCAACCACCAACUGCGUACAAUAACAUGCCGAGAUCUGCGCCAAUGUAUUCCAAUUCAUCGAGGAGUCCGAGUGAUUAUGUAAAUCCAAGGAGUCCAAGAAGUCCAAGGAAUUAUGAACCCCCAAGAAGUCCAAGGCGACCAAAUGAUCAUUUUGUAGACCCUACACUUUAUAAUGG